AUGGUGGCGGGUGGGGGGGUAGGCGAUGGGUAUGGAUGGAGGCGGGAGGGAGAGGGAGGAGGCGAUGGGUGUGGAUGGGGACGAGGUGGAGGAGGUGUUGUUGGUUACGGGGUGGAGGAGGUGUUGGUAGUUACGGGGUGGAGGAGAUGUUGGUGGUUACGGGGGUGCAGGAGGUGUGGAUGGUUACGGGAUGGAGGGCAAGGAGGCGAUGAGUGUGGAUGGGGACGGGGUGGAGGAGGUGUUGGUGGUUACGGGGUGGAGGAGAUGUUGGUGGUUACGGGGUGGAGGAGAUAUUGGUGGUUACGGGGUGGAGGAGAUGUUGGUGGUUACGGGGUGGAGGAGGUGAGAUGUGGGAUGGAGAAGGGAGG